AUGUCACAUGCCCACAGAGCUUGGCAGUACCCAUGCCACAUGCCACAGAGCUUGGCUGUACCCAUGCCACAUGCCCACAGAGCUUGGCUGUACCCAUGCCACAUGCCACAGAGCUUGGCUGUACCCAUGCCACGUGCCCACAGCGCUUGGCUGUACCCAUGCCACAUGCCCAAGCCAGGCGGCGCUGAAGGCUUCAUCGCCCUAGACAGCCACUAUCACGUCGACCUCAUCGAGGCCCUGCAGCUCUGGAAUACAACCUACCGCGGCCUCACCGUCAUCUCUGGGCCCAGGCCCUUCGCUCCUGCCAUCUUCUUGCAAGGUGAAGAACGUCUGCUACAGCUGCCAGACGCAGUGCGCGCUUCCACCUCCUCCAUCCUAGCCACCUCCAAAGAGUUCACCGUCAUGGCCACCAUCCAGCAGGAGGAGCGCAACGCUGGAACUAUUUUAUCUUUUUCUAAAGGCCUACAGCGACUUUUUGAACUGCAGUCUUCGGGCAGGAAAGACGAGCUUCGUCUGCAUUAUGUUCAUAACGGCAUGAUCCAUGUCGAGCUCUUCCCAUACCGCCUCGCCGACCGACGAUGGCACAAGGUGUCGGUGGUGGUGUCGGGGGGACAGCUCGAGGUGUGGGUGGACUGUCGUCGGGUGUUCCGUCGUCUCGUGCCGCCCCCCAUGACAGAUUUCUCUGUCUUGGACCACACCAAAGCGCCCCUAGAACCCCUUAUCUCUCCUGACGAAGAACUAGCUGACUCAUCAGACGCAGAGUCAGCAGUUCUGAGAAGUUUUAAAGCUGCUGACAUCAGCGCUGAUGUUAAGACCACAGCCCGGCCGGGUAUCCCUUUGGGGGAUUAUGGAGACGAGCCCAUUGUGCUGUACCUCGGCCAGAGGAACUCUAAACAUUUCCUUUUCAAGGUUCUGAUCGUUCGCAAAUGCAUGCGGGCCCUCUUCGCCGCCCUCGCUAACAGGGUGUCAGAGUCCGAGGCGCGUCUCGCUGCCGUGGAGUCGUGCGACUGCCAGAAGUCGUGCCGUGUCAACGAUACCGUGCGCCCCGACGGCGCCUCCUGGAAAACUGGCUGCGAGAUGUGCUCGUGUGUCCACGGCGAGGUGCUGUGCAGGCCGCUGCCCUGUCCUGCGGUGUCCUGCAGGAACCCUGUCUACACCUCCGGCCAGUGCUGUCCUGUCUGCCUCAAACAAUGCUCGCUGAAAGGCGAGGUAUACGAGCACGGAGAUACCGUGUCGCCACGACAGUGCGUGGACUGCGAGUGUCGUGAUGGUGCCAUGCAGUGCCGCCGUGUGGACCCCGACACGUCGUGUCCAGAACUGUCAUGUCCGCCAGACCAGCAGUUCUCAGAACCUGGCGAGUGCUGCAAGUUCUGUCCAGGAGUUGACUACUGCGCGGCUGGCAACACGUGUCAUGUCAACGCGACGUGUGUCAACCUCCAGACAUCGUACACGUGUCACUGUAAACGUGGCUUCCAGGGCGAUGGACGCAACUGUACCGACAUUGAUGAGUGUGACGCUGCCAGCGAGCAGGACGGUCAUUACUGCCAGCAACACGCAACCUGCCUCAACACUCCUGGCAGCUACAAGUGUGAGUGUGAAGUGGGUUACGUGCGUCAGGAUGUGAUUCAUGUGACCCAGGAUGUGACCCAAUCGAAAUGUGGCGACGGUUGCCACAACGGUGGCGUCUGUGUGGCGCCAGACCUGUGCGCCUGCCGCCGUGGCUUCACGGGCCCGUCCUGCGAGCGCGACGUGGAUGAGUGUGGCCUCGGCCUCCACAGGUGUGGUCCCCGGUCUCGCUGCGUGAACCUGCCGGGCUGGUACACUUGCGUGUGUCUGCCGGGCUACACAGCCCUCCUGUCGGACCACACACACGGUCUCGUGUGUACUGACGUGGAUGAAUGCAGCUCCAACAUCCACACAUGUCAGCCAAACGCGACCUGCACCAACACCCCUGGAGGCUUCCUGUGCACCUGCAACGGCACGGCACCUGCUGGGUCACCUGCCAGGUCACCUGCCAGGUCACCUGCCAGGUCACCUGCCGGGUCAUCUGCUGGGUCACCUGAUGGGGCACCUGCCAGGUCACCUGCUGGGUCAACUGCCGGGUCACCUGCCGGGGCACCUGCCGGGUCACCUGCCGGGGCACCUGCCGGGUCACCUGCCGGGGCACCUGCUAGGUCACCUGCUAGGUCACCUGACAGGUCAUUUGCUGACCUCAAAGUUCACGACGACAAACAGCAACUGGACGACAUUCCCGCUAUUCGGAACGCACCACGCAAUAACAACGAAUACAGGACAACGAACCACGCAUUCGUGGUCAAUGAAUCUUGCUCUCUCGGCUGCGUGUCCGAGGGGCGUGCCCGUGACGACGGGGAGAUGUGGACGCCCUCACACGCGCGGUGCUGGCAGUGUGUAUGUAACGAGGGGCGUGUGACGUGUGACAAGUUCCUGUGUGACUGCUCCAGUGCCCUCGUCGACCCUCAGUGUUGCCCUCACUGUGAUCCCAGGGCGUCCUGCCCCCACCAGCACCUGCCGCACGUCUCCUUCAGGAGUGGCCAGACCUGGAUAUAUGAGUGCCAGACCUGCGAGUGUCUCUUGGGGGAAGUGGACUGCAGGCCCAUGGAGUGCCCCGUGCCCCACUGUCCCUACCCCGUGAGGCAGCAUGGGGACUGUUGCUCCAGGUGUCCCGAGGCUGACCCGUGUGCCGUGGGCCCCGUGAAUGUCACGUCACCCGCGGGCCUCCCACAACCCUGUCACCUUCCCCCGUCUCUGUCAACACGUCGCCAGUACCCGUCAACUGACCAUGACUGUCUCGACUGUCGCUGUCAGGAGCCGUACUGCGGAACAAGCGACCUCCCUCCGCAUGCAUGGCACUCGUCGGGCUGGCGUGCGGACACCAGCGGCGCCAGAGCUCGGCAUGCUCAUGGUCCCGAGACUACUUUGGGUCCUGAGUCUUCUCUGGGUUGUGGACCUUCUCCGGACCUGGAUUCUGCUCUGGGUCCUGUGUCUCCUCUGAGUCCCGGGUCUGCUCUGGGUGCUGGAUCUCCUAUGGGUUCUGGGCCUGCUCUUGGCCUGGAUUCUGCUCUGGGUCCUGG